AUGUCUACUUCCAACAACUCCCUCAAAUUUGUUAUGGACAAGCACUGUGAAAUGGUCAGUCACAGCGGUUCUGCAGACCAAACCCAGUUUUCUGGAAUUGCUUUCGACCCCUUGUGCAAUUUCAACCAAGAGAUUGUCGACGAAAUGCAUGGAGAAGUUAUACUCCGAUCUGUGACAGAUGUCUUUGUCAACCAUGCCAAUAUGAAAUGGACCUGUACCUUGGCCGGAAACCCAGCAGUCAUGAACCUCUUAAGUCUCAGAAGUUUUUUGCCAACUGAAGUCAACAAGGCCACCACCAAAACCAUUGUUACACAGAAGCCGAAGACGAAUCUGCUGGAGAAGGUCGACCCUGAUUCUGUUCCCACUGCAGAAAGCAUAGGUCGAGAAAACCAGACUGCUGCUGCCACUGCCAGAGAAAUAGGCAUCAAUGUCUGGACUGCCCGGAACUACGUUAGACUGGCCAGAGAGAAGAUCCAGGCCAAUUUUGAUGCUGCCAUGGUGGAGACUGAUGAGUCCAAUGGGCUGGAGAUGGUGGAGGUUGAGGAGUUUUUUGAAAAUAAAUUAGAUGCUACCUUGGAACAAGCAAGGAUAGCUGUCAUGGAAGAGUUCUCUGGGCUGCAGAUUACCAAAUCAGCAAUCCAGAAGCACUUGGUGAAGAAGUGUGCCCUGACAAUGAAGAAGUUGGAGAAGCUGCCUGAGAAGAGAGACGAUGUCAGCACAAUUGAGAUGAGACAAGACCACAUUUUGGAGUGGCAACAACUUGCGGAUUUCAACUAUCUGUCAAACUGUGUGUUCAUCAAUGAAGCAGGCUUCAACAUGCACAUUAAGAGAACUUUUGGCCAUUCUGUCAGUGGCACCCCGGCCAAGACAACUGUCCCAAUGCAGAGAGGUGCGUCCAUCACCAUUCUUGGUGCAAUGUGCAAGAGAGAGAUUGUUAGUCUCUUGUUGAAGAAACCUACUGCAGUCGCAACUAAAAAGAAGAGAAAGUUGAACAUCUACACCAAUGUUGAGGUGAAUGGCAGAAUUGGUACCAGGACCCAGCACUACCUCAACUUUCUUAGUCAUACAAUGGACGUUCUGGACAGCCAGGGUAUGCAAAGACAUUAUCUCGUAAUGGAUAAUGUUCCUAUCCAUAAGGCCAAUGAGAUGAAAGACUUUAUUUUUUCCCGUGGGUACAAGUGUGCAUAUCUUCUUGUGUAUUCACCUUUCCUGAAUCCAAUUGAGGAAAUGUGGUCCAAGAUCAAGUUUGGUGUCCGCAGAGAAGAGAUUACAGAGUCAGACGGGCUCAUCUUAAGGAUUACAGAAUCAGCUAAGACUGUCACCCUUUCGGACUAUUUGGGUUGGAUUAACCAUGCCAUUUCAUUCUUUCCUUGCUGUUUGAACAGAGAGCAAAAGCUUUAA